CUUUCUACUCUCAGCUGCUACCUUUGAAAUGUCCAUUACUCCAAAAUUUCUCACAACCUUUAUUUUUAUUAUCUAAUUAUUCUUUCUUUUCAGAUUUUGAUUUUGAUUUUGCUUACGAGUUUAUAACGUUCAUGGAAUUUUGCGCAAGGUUUUUACUUUUUAGGUCAUAACUCUUCCAAAAUUCCGCGCUUCGUUUUGAGAUCGUUUCUGCUGCACUUCCAAAAGAAUUGGUUGUGCAGCCCUUGUUUCCGGACGCCAGCUUUAAGUGUCUGUCGGCUUUUGAGUUCCAUUAUGGCAGGUGAUUCUUUUCUAAUCUCCAAUGGAGACAGCAUUGGCAUUGUCAAGCCACUACCUAUUCCGCAGAGGACUUACCAAGUAGUGGUGGCUGCCACCCAAAAUAUGGGCAUCGGUAAGGAUGGAAAAUUGCCCUGGAGAUUACCUACUGAUCUCAAAUUUUUUAAGGAGAUCACUGCGAAAACAUCUGACCCUGAGAAGAAGAAUGCUAUUGUAAUGGGAAGAAAAACAUGGGAGAGUAUCCCUCUUGAUUACAGGCCUCUUUCUGGUCGCCUUAAUGUUGUUCUGACUCGCUCAGGUAGCUUUGAUAUUGCAACGGCAGAGAAUGUUGUUAUAUGUGGAAGUAUGUCUUCUGCAUUGGAACUUUUAGCUGCUUCUCCUUACUGUCUGUCAAUUGAGAAAGUAUUCGUCAUAGGAGGUGGUCAAAUAUUUAGAGAGGCUCUCAACGCACCUGGAUGUGAAGCUAUCCACAUCACAGAAAUUCAAGCAAGCAUCGAGUGUGACACUUUUAUGCCUCCAGUUGAUUCUACUAUAUUUCGGCCAUGGUACUCAUCCUUCCCUAAGAUGGAAAACAACAUCAGCUAUUCUUUCACCACUUAUGUGCGUGUAAGGAGUUCUGCAGCAGAGUGCCUAAGUCAAAAUGCUUAUCCUCCUUUGGAUAAUAAUUCAGAUUACAUUAAAUUUGAGAUUGAGAAAUUUUCUUUUCUUCCUAAUAUGAUUUUUGAGAGACAUGAGGAGUACAUGUAUCUUAGGCUGGUUCAAGAAAUCAUUUCUGAAGGUACAACUAAGGAUGAUAGGACGGGGACCGGUACCUUGUCAAAAUUCGGUUGCCAGAUGAGGUUCAAUCUGCGCAAAAGCUUUCCUCUUCUAACAACUAAGAAAGUAUUUUGGCGAGGGGUUGUUGAAGAGCUUCUUUGGUUUAUUAGUGGCUCAACAAAUGCCAAGGUUCUCCAGGAAAAAGGCAUCCAUAUAUGGGAUGGCAAUGCAUCCAGAGAAUACCUCAAUAGUAUUGGUUUCACAGAGCGGGAGGAAGGUGACUUGGGACCUGUUUAUGGGUUUCAGUGGAGGCACUUUGGUGCCAGGUAUACUGACAUGCAUACUGACUACUCCGGCCAAGGAUUUGAUCAGCUUUUAGAUGUUAUUAACAAGUUAAAGCAUAAUCCUGAUGAUCGACGGAUCAUUCUCUCUGCAUGGAAUCCACCUGAUCUUAAAUUGAUGGCUCUUCCACCCUGCCACAUGUUUGCACAGUUCUAUGUAGCAAAUGGGGAGUUAUCAUGUCAAAUGUAUCAGCGAUCUGCUGACAUGGGCCUGGGCGUGCCAUUUAAUAUUGCAUCUUAUGCCCUUUUGACAUGCAUGAUUGCUCAUGUUUGUGAACUUAUUCCAGGUGAUUUUAUCCAUGUUAUUGGGGAUGCACAUGUUUACCGCAAUCAUCUGAUGCCUUUGCAGGAGCAGCUACAUAACCUACCAAAACCUUUUCCAUCUUUGAAGAUAAAUCCAAAGAAGAAAGAUAUAGAUUCUUUUGUGGCUGCUGAUUUCAAGCUCAUAGGCUAUGAUCCUCACCAGAAGAUUGAGAUGAAGAUGGCUGUUUAACAUCUAGUAGAUUCUCAGUCCCGUCUUCAGGUUGUGUCUGCUUUUUAAAAUGAGUGUUUCAUAUGCUGUUAUUCGAUGCGGAAGCCUUGUAUUUCAUUGUUUCAGGCACAAUCAUUGGAGGAUUAUGUUAGAUCUGUGUACAAAUUACGAACAACUCGUUGAACAGACUUCAAUAGUCAUAUAUAUUGCUAGUGGAAAUCUUUUAGGUCCACAUGUUAUGACUGUAAGGUGAUUUAGGUUAGGUGCAUUUUCUUUUCUUCGGAUUUAUUCGCUCAUAGAUACUUUUGAGGGAUCAGAAACUUUAAGUUAAAG